AUGGGAAUAAUAUUGGACUCGAACAGCAAUCCGAUGUGCUCCGAUGAUCCGAAAAUGGUAUUAUCCAGCGGAGUUCACGUCGGACAACGCAGGAAAAGCGUGCAACAAGACCGCGAUAAUGAGUGGACGUCAAGAGCAAUGGAGUUUGAGAAGGCGUGGGAGCACAGGAACCCGCGGAAAGCCUAUGCUCUACUAAAACAGGAACACUUCGAGACCUUGCUGAACCGGCUAGCACCGUCAGCUCCUGAACUCGAGCACGUUCAUAGACCGACAUAUGCGAUUAACGAGGAGCCACCGACCAAAUCGGAUUUUCUAUUCUGUAUUCAAAAAAUGAAGGAUGGAAAAUCUAGUGGAGACGACGGGGUUAGCGCAGAAAUGCUAAAAUAUCUUCCUCCGUCUGGGAUUAGUGAAACGACAAAGAUCAUCCGUUCAAUAUGGAUAGACGAAAGGAUACCUGACUCGUGGAGACAUGCUAUCAUAAUUCCUCUCCACAAGAAGUUAUCCGUCACGGACCCUUGGAAUUAUCGAGGAAUCUCUGCUGCGUGUUAUGUACAAGCACCAUCAGGGUGCCCCUUAACUGAUCUCGAGUACGCUGACGAUGUUGUUAUAUUUGCGGAAAGCAGUACGAAACUUCAACAUGUUGUCAACCUUGUAUCGAAGCUGGCUGCAGCCUAUGGACUACGCCUACGCCCUGAUAAAUGCAAGCAGAUGUGGAUCUCUUCGAGACCACGAAAGGGAAUCAGGGUGGACGGACAACCGAUAGAACUCGUCGAUGAGUUCUGUUACCUAGGCUGUACGCUGAAGAACAAUGGCAGCUACGAGAGAGAUGUUCAGCAAAGAUGCGCUAAGGCCACUUCUGCAUUUAACUCCUUAACGAAAUGCCUGUGGUCGACCCUCAUCACCUACGAAGUCAAGCUGCGAGUCCACCUAUCCGCAAUUCGCCCCAUCAUGAUGUACGGAUCGGAGACUUGA